AUGGCGACAACAUAUAUCUCUGCACGCUUGGAAUUGGAGAAAACUGCUCGUGUGAUUACAGAAAGUCAAGAUGUAUCGACAAGAAUCGAGUCGGUAUCGAUAGAAGAGGCAGCCGGUCGCGUCUCAGCAUGCGAUCACUACUGUACCAUCUCAACACCAGAGUUCGACACAUCCGCAAUGGAUGGCUACGCAAUUUGCUCAGAAAGCACAAAAUCAGCCUCUGCAGACCACCCGGUCUUCUUUUGCGUCAAAGGAACAAUCGCUGCUGGCGAUGACUCUUUCACUCUGGCUUCGUUUCAUACGCUAGAUGAACCCCAGCCUUGUUUCGAGAUCAUGACAGGGGGACGAUUUCCAGAGGGUGUACUUGGGGAGGUUUUCGAUGCAUGCGUCAAGGUCGAAGACGCUACCAGGACUAUUGCAAAAGAGGCAGGGCUCGGGACGUGUAUUGCUAUCAGAAAGCCAGUACCGAGAUACGCCAAUCGUCGGUUUGCCGGUGAAGACAUCCAGAAAGGUGAUCUAGUGAUGGAGAAGGGAAUCACUAUCCGGACAUCGCACAUCAUGCCCCUCGCUUCCGUUGGAAUCCAUAAGGUCCAGGUGCGGAAGAAGCCGCGAGUAUGUACCUGGUCAACCGGCAAUGAGUUGACCUCGCCAAAGUCUCAUAUCAGAGAUGUCAAUGGAGUAUACCUGACGGCAGCAUCAAAAGAAGCUGGGGCCAAUGCAACCUUUGGCGGCUCAAUUACAGACGAAGUGGAUGCUAUCGUUCACACCAUAAAAAGCCAAUUGGAAUCACCAGCGGUGGAUAUCCUCAUUACAAGUGGAGGCGUAUCCGUUGGUAAGUUCGAUUACGUCCGUCAGGCACUGGAAAUCCUUGGUGCAACUAUCGUGUUCCACGGCGUAGCUGUCCGUCCAGGCCACCCGGUUCUCUUCGCACUACUGCCUUCGGCCAGGGGCGAGAUCGCGUUCUUUGGACUACCAGGAAACCCUGGUGCAGCCGCAGCCUGCUUCAAAUUCUUGACUGUCCCGUAUAUGCGCUAUCUCAUGGGUCAACAGCCGGAGAAACCUGUGCUUGCGCGCUUGGAGGACCCCCAGCUAGGUAGUUCAUUACGGAAGAGCAUCAUGGAUGCGCCCAACAGAGGACUCAACUGCGACAGGUUCCGACCUGGAGUUCUGCAAAUGAUAGGUGACAAGGGGCUUACAGUUCACGAAGCUGCUGGGGCAUUUGGUCCAGCUAAGAUGGCGCCUUUCGUGCAGGCAAAUUGUUGGAUUCACAUCAAGGCAAAUGAGGUCAUGGAGAUGGGACAGAUGGUAUCUUGUUAUCCCAUGAGUGAAUUUCCGGUAUCCUGA